AUGGACACUGGCGGUCUUGCUCAAAUGACUUACAACUCUUCUUUCAACAAUGGCGGUUCCAUUGGCGUUCCGAGUUCCAGCUUUUCCUCCCGCGGAAAGGGUUCUCAUAUCAAACGCCUGAGUGUUCCGCCUCCUCAUAUUUCCACGAUCGAUGAAUCUCAGCCGUCUGCGCCGCUUCAGACUCCUCGUACCAGCCGCUCUCAUUUGCUGGCUGGCUUGAGGACUGCUCCAAAAUCCGCGACGAUCCCUUCUGCGCACCAGCAGCACCUCGGUCAGGACAACCAUCGGUAUGCCGUUCGUCCCGACCGAGCUGCUGAUCGUGUGCCGCAGACCGCGACGGGAACUGGAUUUCCCCGCCACUCGUUCGCCUCGAAUCAGAAUGUGGAUACGAAUACUGGUCGUCCGGUGUACACCCUGCCGGAGCAGGUGCUCGCACCUCCGGUCCUCGACGUUGGCGCCGACCUGCCCAUGGACGAUAAUUUGUACGCAGAAAUGAUGUCCACCAACUUGUUCUUGGCAGCCCAGCAGCAACGCCUACAGCAACAAUUGAUCAGCGUCACCACGGCGGCUCAGCAGUUCCAGGGUCUCAGCCUGGGAAUGCCUGUUGCCUCGCAGCAAUCCCUUUCUCUGCCUGGCAUGGGCUUCUACCAGCAGCAGCUCCAACAGGGGGUGCAGCCGAUCGUUCAGCCGGUUCUUGGCCAGCCUGGUCUCUUUUCUGUCUUUAACCCUCUCACUGGUCAGCAAAACUACAUCUAUGACAAUUCCGCCCAGCAGCAACAGCAACCGCAACAGCAACAGCAGCAACAGGAUGCUGAAGACCUGCACGUUCCUACUUUCCGUGCUGAAGUUUCCCCUCCGCCGGAGUCGAGACAGCUGCAGCGCUCUGUUUCUCCCCCCAAGUCCAGUCCUUCCCCUCUCCAGGAAGUUACUCCCUUGCCCCCGCCGUCUGCGAACGCCUUUCGAAGAGGCCACAAGAAGAGCUCGUCCUUCGCGCCUAGGGCGCUUGAUACAGCCAAGGCCAACAACACUGCCGUGAACAGUGCUGUUCCUAAGACCGCCGCAUUGCCUCCGAAGACCUCCGCGUUGCCCCAAACACCGGCCACAGGAACCUUUGGUCCCGGACAAGGACGUGCGGGUGAGCACCCUAUUCGCCAGCCUCGUGGACCGCCCUCGAUAGAGGAGCUGGUAGCGAAGCCCACUUCCAAGCAUGAAGGUAGCAAGAACUUCGCGACGCGUCAGCGACGCCGCGCUGUUCACAACCUGGUGCGUGCGGGAAUUGAGCGACGCGGAGAGACUCGCAGCUUCGGUUACCACAGCAGUGGAGGCACCAACACCCCAGCGAGCGAGAAAGAGUUCACCUUCUCUGAUAGCGACGACGCUACUGUGCGUAGCGGCAGUCUGUCCAGCAAGCCCAGCUUGGGCAGCCUGCGUGCCGCGGCUAAUGGCGCCAUUGGUUCCGAGAGGAAGGAAAGAUCUUCUCGGGAGCGCAAGUCGGAAAGCCCUUACAGCGGUACUCCCACCAGUGAGGACGGUGGAAGCUUCUUCGGUCCCUCCGGCAAGUUCGCGGACGUCCGUGCGGAUCACAGUUCGUCUCCUACAGGAACGCCUUCAGUUGCUGCAGUCGUUGCUGGACAGAAGACGGCAGCUCCGGGUCCCGAGAGACGCAAGACUCCGAUGCUUGUGUUAUCUAGCGCCGAAAAGCGCAAGACCCCGAUUGUUUAA